GUUCUGAUUCCACUUCGUUUCUACAAUAUUAGCACCAUUCAAUUUAAGCACUGUCAAAAUUUUACUUUCCCUAAAAGAUUUUCUGUAUAUUUUUGUAAUCACAAUGGAUAAAAAUCCUGAUAUAAUCAAAUUGGAUAGCGAUAAUGAAGAAUUGGAUGACCGUGCUCGUGAUACCAGCACAGUUGAUUUAACUUCGGAUACCAGUAUGAAUGAAAUUCUUGAGACAAAAUUGCCGGCUACUAUCACGGUUAAAAAGGCAAUUGUCUGCGAUGAUUUCGAAGAAGGAGAAGUGGAGGAAGCACAAGAAGCUGCGGAAAUAUGUAAACCAACAAGUAGUAAACAAACAUUGGCAUUUGAAAUAAAAUUUUCAAGUGAAAAUGUUUUCAAAGAAUAUGGACAUAGAAUACUGGACUCACUUGAUAAGACUCUGAAUAUGAUAGUGGACAAUCCAAUGUUUGCAUUUAGCAUUUCGAAUGCUGAAAAUACUACAGUUAGUAGUAUAAACGCAUAUAUAGCAAAACAAUCGGCUGCCAACCAUUCAGAUAUGGAAUUAAGUGAUUGUGAAGAGGCGGUUAGUAUAACAGAAGUACCUGAGCGCCACCAGUCAGAUAAUCGUAAUGAAUCGCCGGAUUUAGAUUUGACCUCAUUAUUUACAAUCGAUACCUCUGGCUCGAAAAAACUAGACACUCAAUGUGUACCUUCAUACAAACGUAGUAUUAAAGAUGUUUUGAAUGAAGAAUCUUCAGCACGUAAACGGCAAAAGUUAGAAAAAGAGGAAAACGAGUGUCAAAGGGUGCGAACAACAGCGGCUUGUUUUAAUUGUGGAGUAAGUGGGCACUCAUUACGUGAAUGUGCUAAACCACGAAAUAACGCGCGUAUAAACCGUGCAAAAUUAGCACGUAAACAAGAGAGAUAUCAUAUUGAUAUUGAACAAAGAUUCGGACAUUUAAUACCAGGAAAAAUUAGUGACAAGCUACAGUCAGCACUUGGUUUAAAGCGCGGAGAACUCCCAUUCUUUUUCUAUCGUAUGAGAAAGCUUGGUUAUCCACCCGGUUGGUUGGAGGAGGCUAAAGUGGUGUAUUCUGGUAUAUCCCUAAUCAAUACAGAAGGAGGCGCAGUGAUGGCAUCAGAGGAAGAUAAUUCACAAGAAAGCGAUGAGAUUAAAUAUGACAUAUCAAAAAUUGUAGACUUUCCAGGAUUCAAUGUUGAUCCUGGUCCGAAUUUCUAUGAUGACUAUAAGCAUCAUAACGUACCGCCUUUGUCUCGCCAUCAACGAAAAGAAGAGUUCAUCAAUAAAUUGGGAGGUAAUGUUAUAAAAGGUUAUAAACAUAAAAGGCUUAAGAGUCUACCACAAACGACUAAUGUGAUUGAGAUUAAAACCAGCAUAUUGGACAAUGCCGAUAUGGAAAUUGAGGACGACGACGCAGUCAAUGAAAAUGUUGUGUUUACUCGCCCUCCACCACCACCGGAACCCGCAAACGACAUUAAACCGCCACCACCACCAACACCGCCAAACGAUGCAACGAAUGAAGACAGCUCAUGCAUUACAAAUGAACGUACGAGUUCGCCCACGUUGGAUUAUUUGGAGGAACGCAAACAAAAGUUACUCGCUGAAUUGAAGUCUGGUCUGUGUGAUAUUGACAGUUUGUCGUCAAGUAGCGCGACUGAAGAAUCACUCUCACUGGCAACUAGCAUUAAUGAAGCGAAAACAAGUGAAAUAUCGAAACCAGCAAAUUUAAACGAAAUACACACAGUUGAACCAGCAACGCCUACGACAAAUGAUAUGUCAAGAAUGUUGGAUAUUAUUAAGGAAUCACACAUGGGUACACCAGUGUUGCAUUUUUCACCAUACGAAAAACUACCAGCUGGCGACAAUUUCAAAGUGGGUGUUAGUGAUGUUAUUAAUUUUGAAAAUCUGCCUGAUUCAACGGGCAAAUAUGAGCAAAUGAAGGAAGUUAUUAAGAAAGUACGAAAUAUCGUUACCAAAUUGCAUAACGACGAUGACGACUGAUAAAGAGCGAAUAUGAAUAUACUGCUUGUUUAAGUAUAUGAUUCGUUUUGAAAUUGCAUUUUGUAAAUUUCUGAAUGGUUGUGUGAACGUGUGCUUGUGGUUAAUUCUUUACUAUUAAAUACAUAAUAAUUGUAAAA